CUGUAUGUCUAACUCGGUCUUCUGAAUGUGGGGCGUGUCGUGAUUCCCCUUCCCUUACAAAAGCGGACGAUCGACGCGUCUCCGCAAUGGAGGAUCGCCACCUCCUCCCAUCUCCCCCACCGCCACAGCAGACCCGAACGGGACCAGCCCGAGUAUCCGCGGCCGCCCGCAGCGGUCCGCGAUGGUGCACGAGGACGGGGUCGACGGGCAACCGCAGCCGCAGCCGCAGCAGCAGCAGUACAAGCGCCUCGGCGGCCUAGUCGUUGGCAACUAUUGCCACGACGUCCUCUUCCGAGGCGAUCUCCCCGUCGGUGAGACCCUCGGUGGCGCUGCUUCCUUCGUCUCUAACGUCCUCGACGCCCUCGCCCCUUCCACCUCCCUAUACGUCGCCAAGGUCGGCGCCGACUUCGCGUACGCCGCCCCCCACCCUCCCCGCGUCGUCUCCUCCUCCUCCCACACCACCCUUUUCCACGCCCACUUCCCACCUGUCCCUGCCGCCGGAGGGUACCACGGCGAUCGCGUCCUCCGCCGCGUCCGCGCUUGCGACCCGAUCUUGCCCGCCGACCUUCCCGACGACAUUCGGUUCGACUACGGCCUGGCGGUCGGCGUCGCGGGGGAGAUCCUCCCUGAGACCCUCGCCCGCAUGAUUGACCUCUGCCGCGUCGUCCUUGUGGAUGCCCAGGGGAUGAUCCGGUCCUUCGACCCUGUCGAUGGCACGGUCAGGCUCGUGCCGCUCAGGAGCACCGAAUUCUUCCACCUUCUCCCGAGAAUUGGGUUCCUCAAGGCCUCCGCGGAGGAGGCGCCCUUUGUGGACAUCGAAGAGGCGCGAAAGUGGUGCUGCGUCAUCGUGACUCACGGGAAGGACGGGUGCCAGGUCUACUGGAAGGACGGGGAGCUGCACGUAUCGCCAUUCCAAGCAGAUCAGAUCGAUCCCACGGGAGCUGGGGAUAGUUUCAUGGGUGGGUUUGUCUCUGGGCUGGUUUGGGGGCUGCCGGUACCGGAUGCGGUGCUGCUAGGGAACUUCUUUGGUUCCCUCACUGUUACGCAGAUCGGAGUUCCCAAAUUUGACCAGAGGAUGUUGCAGCAUGUCAAGGAAGAACUGAAGAGAAGAGCAGCUCAGCAUUCUGGAUCAUGUGGGGGAACUAUUUCAUUGGAUUUUCAUAAGUCAGAUACGCAUGAAGACUUCCUAGAACACCUCACUGGAGCCGCCAAGUUAACAUGCACCGGUAACCCAACUGAUUUGCAUACCAAUCAGGACAACCAAUGUCAGUAAAUUUUAGUCUUCAGUUUUUUUUAAGUAGAGUUAUAUACUAGUGAUUAAAUAGUGAGCAUCCUUGUUGAGUUAUCAAUAAUCGGGAGUAGAUCUUCCGGAGAAAAGUAAUGAACAUACAUUUUGAGACCUGGAGAUGUCUUGGAAUAAUCACAAAGUCAAAGAUAGCUUUAAGUUAUUUCCC